CAAAAUGGAUAGUAAUGAUAAGUUCGUCAUAUCCGGGCUCUCUGGAAAAUUUCCACAGUGUAAUAAUGUAGAAGAAUUUAAAGCUGCUCUAUUCAACGGUACCGAUUUGGUAACGGAAGAAGGUGGAAGAUAUGAAUUUGAACUUUAUGGAACAAUCAAAUCAUGUGGACGCCUACCGGAAAUUGACAAAUUUGACGCCAAUUUCUUUGGAAUCCCUCCCAAACAGGCAAAUCUUAUGGACCCAAGGCAAAGAUUGAUAUUAGAAAGCAUUUACGAAUGUAUAUAUGAUUCGGGAUAUAAUCCGAAUGAAUUAAGAGGAUCAAAAACGGGUGUAUAUGUGGGUCUUGCUGCUCUAAACAUUGAUAGAAGUGAUCGUAUGUCAGAUGUAGAAGGUUAUCUAAAUAUGGGUUUGUGUUUAGCCCUCGCUGCCAACAAGCCCUCUUUCUGUUUAGAUUUCAAAGGACCCACUUAUUCAUUGGAUGCGGCUUGCGCGAGUAGUUUAUACGCUUUAACUUCUGCAAUGAGAGAUCUUGAAUGUGGAGAAAUUGAGAGUGCUGUAAUUUCUGCAACUCAGUUAGUUAAUGAUCCACUCGAAACACUCGAACUUCAAAAAUUGAGUAUGGUAACCGAAGGUAGAUGCAAAAGUUUUUCUACUGAAAGAAACGGAUAUGUUCGUUCAGAAAGUAUAGUCAGCUUUUUCAUACAAAAAAAAAGUAACUGCAGAAGAUUAUAUUGUGAAAUACUGGGAGCUAAAGCCAACGCUGAUGGUUUCAAAAAAGAAGGAAUAAGUUAUCCACUUUACGAAGCUCAAUAUCAACUUGUAAAAGAACUUUACGAAAGUAUCAACAUUACUCCCGAUGAUGUUGAUUAUUUCGAAACACACGGAACAGGUAACAAAAAUAAUGAAUUAGAAGAUAAAUUAGAUACAAUAAAUUCAUAUUCCUCAGGUACUAUAAUUGGUGAUGAACAAGAAUGCACGGGUAUCGUUAAAUAUUUUAAAAACAGAAAAAGCCCUCUUCUCGUCGGUUCUGUAAAAUCGAACAUGGGACACGCGGAACAAGCAGCCGGUCUAUGUUCUAUUAUCAAAGCAAUAAUAACUAUGGAAACGGGAAUUAUUCCGGCAAAUUUGUACUCUGAUACACUUGAUAAGGAAAUUCCUGGUAUGGGAGACAAUACCCUAAAGUUGAUUGGCGAACAUACUAAAUUUGAGGGAAGUGUCAUCGGCAUAAACUGUUUUGGUUUCGGUGGAGAAAAUGCCCAUACGAUUGUAAAAUCUAACGCCAAAGAAAAAAUUACCGAUUAUAAACGACCUAAAAAUAGGCUAGUACAAGUGUCGGGAAGAACACAACAAGCCGUUAUGAAUUAUAUGAAACAAAUUCAACAAAACCAAGAUGACGUCGAAUUUUUGGCAUUGGUUGACCAAAUCCACAAAAUGACUAUUGAACAACACAAUUUCAGGGGGUACACAGUAAUGAGCCGACAACAAAUUCAAGAAGUCGGCAGUAUUAUUCACGUUAAAAGACCUAUUUGGUUUAUCUACAGCGGCAUAGGAACGCAAUGGUGUAAAGUGGGUCAAGAUUUGAUGAGGAUUCCCAUAUUUAGUGAUAGCAUUAAUCGUUGUGCCAAAGCACUAGAACCUCACGGUAUCGAUUUGGUUGAUAUAAUAACAAAUAGAAAUUCGAAUUUUGAAGAUGCAAUCAAUGUAUUUUGUUCAAUCGUAUCGGUAGGGGUAGCCUUAACUGAUGUUCUUCAAACAAUUGGAAUAAUUCCAGAUGGCAUCGCUGGACAUUCCGUAGGAGAAGUCGUUUGCGCAUAUGCUGACGGUACUAUUACCGCAGAAGAAGCUAUUUUACUAGCUUAUGCUAGAGGAUAUUCGUGUAAAUAUGGUAAUACGACGAAAUGCCAAAUGGCCGCGGUAGGUAUUUCGAAAGAAGAAAUUGAAAAAAUUAAACCGGAAGAAAUUGCUAUAUCUUGUCAGAACGCUCCCACAAAUAUCACCAUUAGUGGUCCGCAGGAAGUUAUGAAAAGUUUCACUAGAAAAUUAUCGUCGCAAGGUAUUUUUGCGAAAUUGGUUAAUAGUAUGGGUUUCGGUUUCCAUUCGCAAUACGUUAAAGAAGCCGGCGUAAUGUUAUUGGAUAUGUUUAAGAAGGUACUGAAAGAUCCCAAGCCUCGAAGUAGUAAAUGGAUUUCUACAUCAGUGCCUCCGAAUAGACAGAACGAGGAAUGGACCAAAUACAGCGGCGUUGAAUACCAUCACAACAAUUUUUGCAAUACGGCUUUAUUCGACCAAGUAUACCAACAUGUUCCUGAAAAUGCGAUUGUUAUCGAAAUUUCCGGACAUGGUCUACUUCAAGCUAUUUUAAAAAAAGAAAUGGGUCCCGGUACAACCCAUAUAAGUGUUUCGAAUCGUUUUAGUGGAGACAAUGAACAAUUUCUCUUAUCUGCUAUAGGAAAAAUAUUCCUUGCUGGAGGGCAACCCGAUCUGACUAAAUUGUAUACCGGCGUCACUUUCCCUGUUGGACGUGGUACUAAAAUGCUAUCGCCUCUACUGGAAUGGGAUCACAGCAUUACAUGGAGAGUUCCACUUCAUAAACAUAAAUAUUGUUUCGGAGAUACCAAAACUGUUAACCUGUCUAAUGAAAAAUACUCUUAUUUGGCAGAUCAUGAAAUCGAUGGUAAACCCGUCAUGCCUUUAAUGGGUUAUAUAGAUAUGCUCUGUGAAGUCUUUAGUGAAAGGCUUCUAAAACCCAUAGAAAAUUUACCGAUUGUUAUUGAAGACGUAAAAUUCCAUCGAUCUACGAUUCUAUCACAAAGCGAUGUUAACUUUUUAAUCAACAUAAUGCACCAAUCGGGUAAAUUUGAAAUUUCCGAAAGCGGUUCCGUUGUUUGUACGGGAACAAUACGAACUCCGAACGAUGUAUCGACAGAAUUUAUAAUAACAAAUUUAUCUAAAACUGAUUACAAAGCCGAAGAUAAUUAUAAUAUUCUGAGAAGUACAGAUAUUUAUAAAGAACUGUUUUCAAGAGGAUACGGCUACAAAAACAUCUUUAGAGGUUUGAGGGAAUGCAAUUUGCAAGGAAUCGGAAAAAUUCGAUGGGACGGGAACUUUUGUAGUUUUCUCGAUAGUAUGCUACAUCUAGAUUUACUUUCUGAAACCAGUAGGGAUCUAAGGCUGCCCGUAUCAAUUAAACAGAUAGUUAUAGAUCCUGCGACACAUUUGGAUUUAGUUAACGGUCAAGAAGAAAUUCCAAUUUCAAACAUCAUUUCCUCACGCAUUAUAAAAUCUGGAGGAAUCGAAAUAACAGGCGUAGUAAAAUCUGGUCCGAUAUCCAGAAUAAAUACGCAACAGAAUUCGUAUUUAGAGGAUUACGAUUUCGUUUAUUACGAAAUGUCGUCACAAAAUAACGAAGACAUGGUAAUGAGAACGGCGUUGCAAAUUAUUUUACAAAACAAUAUAGGAACGGUGAAAAAAUUGAAGAUAUGCGAAAUUGUUGGGAGUGAAGCUGAUGAUUCUACUAAUAAAAAAAUUAAAGAUAUUUUCGACGAACAAUCAACGUGUGAAGCUACUUACUUUACAAAUACUUCAGACAAUAUUAACAGCAAAUAUGAUAUAAUUGUCGUAAACGAUAAUGUUAAUAACUCGGUAAAAGUAGAAAAUUUGAGCACGUUCCUGGAAGAAAAUGGUUUUAUAUUAUUUUUGGGAAAUGAAGUCAAUGUAGAAAAUAAAAUUCUUCAAGUUGUUUAUCAAGCAAAGACCGAAGAAAGAACUAUAUAUAUCCUAAAACCAAAUUUCGAAGUUGACGAAAAUUCCGCGGUCGUCUACGUAAAUAAUACGAAUUUCAAUUGGUUAAAACAACUACAAACUGUAAUCAACAACAAAAGCUCUGAAAUUGUAUAUUUAGUAAGUCAAAACGAAGAAUACAGUGGAGUAUUGGGUUUGAUGAACUGUUUACUAACAGAACCUGGUGAAAUAAAAUUCAGAUCCGUAGUUAUAGACGAUGAAGGAAAAAUUAAAAUUAACUCCUUUUCUCUACACGAUGAAUUUUACAAAAAUCAAUUAAAAAAGAAUUUAACUUUCAACAUUUUGAAAGGAGAUAAUAGAUGGGGUACCUACGUCCAUCUUCCCGCCCCAGUUUUGGAGAAAAAAGAAGCUGAAAACGCUUACGUAGACGCACUGGAAUCGGGAAAUCUUUCUACGAUGACCUGGAUUGAAAAACCAAUUGAUUUUAACAACCAAUACGAUAUUAGCGUUCAUUAUUCCGCUAUCAAUUUCCACGAUGUUGUAAUAGCGAAGGGCGAGCAUCUUCGUACCGAUACCCAAGUUGAAAUAUCAAAUAUAAUUUCUAAUUUAGGUAGAGAAUUUUCUGGCGUUACUUCAAAAAAUAAAAGGAUAAUGGGUCUAACGAAAUAUGGGGCUCUGGCUUUUAAAACGAACGGUGAUCCUAUUUUGACAUGGGAUGUACCAACAAAAUGGAGUUUACGAGACGCUGCCACCGUUCCAUACAUUUACACAAUGUGCUACUAUUCAUUCGUUAUUAAAGGGAAAAUGAAAGCGAAUGAUUCCAUUUUAAUAUUGAAGUGUACAACACCGUUCAAAAUGGCUGCUAUUAAUAUUGCACUUUCAAUGGGUUGCAAAGCAUUCGUUGCCGUUGAAUCGGAGGAAGAAAAAGAUUAUUUAAAGAAAAUGUGUCCCAUGCUUAACGAAAGUGAUAUAGGUGAUUUAACCGAUAAAACAUUUGUGGAUAGUAUAAUAAUAAAUACCGAAGAAAAAGGCGUAAAUGUAGUUUUGAAUUCUGUAAAUACCGAUUUACUUCCGACUUGCUUUAGAUUGAUUUCGCACCAAGGAAUUUUCUUAGAAACCGAAGGAUACAAUUUCCAAAUUCCCGAUUCAAUCAAAACGAAAAUGACAUUAAAAAAUAAUAUCGUACAUAUUAUAUUUCCAGAAGACGUUUUCGAUAGUUCAUUGCAAAUUAAAGAACAAAUCAAAUCAUUACUUGUAAAAGAUAUACAGUUGGGUGUUGUGAAACCUUUACCAAAUAUAAUAUUCGACUCGACGAGUUUGGGUGAAGCCUUUGAAUGUUUCGAAGAAGAAAAUAAUAAAGUACUUAUAGAAGUACGGAACGAAACUAAUACUGAAACAAAUAAAAUAUUAGCAGUACCUAAAAUCUAUUUCAGUCCAAAUAAAUCCUACGUUAUAAUAGGAGGAUUGGGAGGAUUUGGAUUGGAAAUUGCGGAAUGGAUGAUUCAAAAUGGAGCUAGGAACAUUGUAUUGAAUUCUACUACCGGUAUAUAUAACGGUUACCAAUCGUAUUGCCUGAAAAAAUGGAGUAGCUAUGAGGAUGUUGUAAUUAAAAUAAAUCAAAGUGAUACUAGCACAUUAAAAGGAGCGGAGGAAUUGAUAAAGUUUGCUCAACAACUUGGACCGGUAGGAGGUCUAUUUAAUAUGGCUUUGGUUUUAAAAGAUGCUUCGAUUUUGGACCAAACCGAAGAAAACUUUUAUCAAGUAUACGCACCGAAACUAUUAUCUGGACAAAAUAUGGAUUUGGUAACAAGGAACCUCUGUAAAAACUUGGAUUAUUUCGUCGUAUUCUCUUCAGUUGCAAGUGGAAGGGGUAUUCCCGGUCAAUCCAAUUACGGUAUGGCAAAUUCUGCUCUAGAAAGAUUGUGCGAAAAAAGAAAAAUGGAUAAACUACCCGCGGUAGCCAUUCAAUGGGGACCAAUGGCGGAAAUUGAAUAUUUGACAGAAAAAGGAAUUGAUCAUAAGGUUUACGAAAAUAUUCAACUCGAAAACUUCGAUUCAUGUUUGAAAACAUUGGAAUACUUCAUGCUGCAACAACAUACGAUAGGAUGCAGUGCGGUGCUGAAAGUUAAAAAUACUUCAUCUGUAGUACAAAAAAACCGAUCCCCCAUUGAAACAGUAGCACACUUGUUAGGAAUAAGUAAUUUAGAAACCCUAAAUAAAUCGUUGACUUUAUCUCAACACGGUUUGGAUUCUUUGCUGGCAACAGAAAUCAAAAACUGUUUAUUGAAAUACCAUAACAUAGAAUUAACCUCAGAAGAAAUUAGAGAAAUGACCUUCAGUGCUUUGUUAGAUAUGGAAUAAAAUUGAUAAUCUGUUGAAGGGCGAAAUCAAAAAUGACAAGUCAUCAAAAUUAUAGUGAUGUAAUCAUUUCGCAAACUAUAAAAAGUGGCUUAUGAUUUGUACAAAUUAUAUUCUACCAUACUAGUCAUCCGAUAUAACCUAAUAUAUAUAUAUAUAUAUACUUAUAAAAACAUCUGUAUAAAACUUGUUUAAGUAUAAUAAAAUCCCAUUGUUAACA